AUGGUUGUCGAGGGUGGAUGUCGACUGGAGAAAUGGUUGUCGAGGGUGGAUGUCGACUGGAGAAAUGGUUGUCGAGGGUGGCUGUCGACUGGAGAAAUGGUUGUUGAGGGUGGAUGUCGACUGGAGAAAUGGUUGUCGAGGGUGGAUGUCGACUGGAGAAAUGGUUGUCGAGGGUGGAUGUCGACUGGAGAAAUGGUUGUCGAGGGUGGAUGUCGACUGGAGAAAUGGUUGUCGAGGGUGGAUGUCGACUGGAGAAAUGGUUGUCGAGGGUGGAUGUCGACUGGAGAAAUGGUUGUCGAGGGUGGAUGUCGACUGGAGAAAUGGUUGUCGAGGGUGGAUGUCGACUGGAGAAAUGGUUGUCGAGGGUGGAUGUCGACUGGAGAAAUGGUUGUCGAGGGUGGAUGUCGACUGGAGAAAUGGUUGUCGAGGGUGGAUGUCGACUGGAGAAAUGGUUGUCGAGGGUGGAUGUCGACUGGAGAAAUGGUUGUCGAGGGUGGAUGUCGACUGGAGAAAUGGUUGUCGAGGGUGGAUGUCGACUGGAGAAAUGGUUGUCGAGGGUGGAUGUCGACUGGAGAAAUGGUUGUCGUGGGUGGAUGUUUACUGGAUGAAUGGUGUUUGAGUGUCAAUGCCUACUGGGGAAAUGGUGAUCGAGUGGCAAUGUCUACUGGAGAAAUGGUGGUCGAGGGUGAAUGUCGGCUGGAGAUACGGUGGAGGGUGGUUGGCGACUGGAGAUAUGGUUGUCGAGGGUGGAUGUCUACUGGAGAUAUGUUGGUUGAGUGUCAAUGUCUACUGGAGAAAUGGUUGUCAAAAUUGGAUGUCGUCUGGACACAUGUUGGUCGAUCAUGGAUGUCAGCUGCAAAUGUGGUGGUUGAAGUGGAUGUGCCGUACAGGCCUAAAACUCCGGAGAUCAUCGACCUGGACGAGUACCCAGAGAGUCCGCAGUCCGUCAAGCGCAAGAAGCUCGAGAUCCUGCGCGAGCGCGGCCUCGAGGUGACCGCGGUGCCGCCCUGGCCCGCGCGCCCCCUCCUCGCCCCGGCGCCCCUGCUCGCCCCCGCGCCCCUCCUGCUCGCGCCCGCCGUGCAGCACCAGCUGUUCACGCACGCGCAGCUGCUGCAGAUGUACGGCGCGCCGCCCGCCCCGCCCCCCGACGGCGCCCCCCCGCCGCGCGUCAUCCAGGCGACGAGCGCGUUCGGCACGCAGGGCCCCGAGAAGACGGUCUACGGCAACCCGAAGGACCCCUUCAUGCCGCCCCCGCACAUCGUGCACGGCGCCCCCUGCGUGAGGGCGCAGCGCGCCGUCCACCCUCCGCCCCCGCAGCGGCCGCACGACGCGCUCGACCUGAGCCGCCGCCCCGCCCCCGCGCGCCCGCCCCGCGUCGAGAUAGUGCGCGUGCCCCCCUCGCCGCCCCUCGCUCCUCACGCCCCGCCCGCCCCUCCCGCCCCUCCCGCCCCGCCCGCCACCCCGCCCAGCCUCGAGAUCACGCUCGUCGGGCCGAAGGCGCGCACGCCCCCGAAGCGCCCCCCGCAGAAGCGCUCCUCGAACGGCAAGUUCGCCUCGGCCAAGACGCCCUCCCCGUCGCCGGCGAAAGCGCCCCCCUCCGCCCCCUCGCCGGCGCCCCCCUCCGAAGCGCCGAAGCCGCUCGUCGACCCGGUGUACAUGAGCGCGCUGUACAGCAGCCUCGGCCAGAUGGACCAGCGGCAGCUCGCCAUGUACCGGGACUUCGUAGCGAGCCAGUUCAGGGGCUACAGCGGCCUGCUCAACAUCGGCACGCCCACUACGAAGAAC